UGUGACUAGCUGUUGAACAAUGGCAGGAAGUUGGUCUGCUGUUCAGUCUCUGGCAAUUUGUGUUUGGUUCUGUGCUUUCUGUCAUGCUGUUCCAAAGUGGAGUGAUCUGCCCCGGAAUCCUCAAGCUCUGAUGUUCCAGCAAACUAACCAGCAGUUUCAGAAGCCAGUUCAACAGCAAGCUAGUCAAUGGUUUCCUCAAAAAGUUCAAAAGCCAGUUCAACAGCAAGCUAAUCAAUGGUUUCCUCAGAAAGUUCAAAAGCCAGUUCAACAGCAAGCUAGUCAACAGUUUCCUCAGCAGGUUCAACAGCAAGCUAGUCAACAGUUUUCUCAGCAGUUUCAACAGCAAGCUAGUCAACAGUUUCCUCAGCAGUUUCAACAGCAAGCUAGUCAACAGUUUCCUCAGCAGGUUCAACAGCAAGCUAGUCAACAGUUUCCUCAGCAGGUUCAACAGCAAGCAGGUCAACAGUUUCCUCAGUCAGUUCAACUGCAAGCAGGUCAACAGUUUCCUCAGUCAGUUCAACUGCAAGCAGGUCAACAGUUUCCUCAGUCAGUUCAACUGCAAGCAGGUCAACAGUUUCCUCAGUCAGUUCAACUGCAAGCAGGUCAAGAGUUUCCUCAGUCUGUUCAACAGCAAGCAGGUCAAGAGUUUUCUCAGUCAGUUCAACAGCAAGCUAGUCAACGGUUUCCUCAGCAGUUUCACCCUAAGUACCCAGUGGUGAAGGCAGAGCCCCUUGACAAAUGUACUGUAGCUGAUUAUGAGCAGAUCCAAUGUGGACCACCUGGUAUCAGUGGUGCUGAGUGUGCUGCUAUCAACUGCUGCUUUAAUGGACAGCAGUGUUACUAUGGGAAGGCAGUGACUGUCCAGUGUAUAAGAGAUGGUCAGUUUGUGGUGGUGGUGGCUAGAGAUGUUACGCUGCCUCGAUUGAGCCUGGAUUCAGUCCGUCUCCUGGGUGGAAAUGAUCCAGCUUGCAGUCCUGUGGGAUCCACACCUUUCUUUGCUAUAUACCAGUUCCCAGUCACUGCAUGUGGCACAAGCAUGAUGGAGGACAGUGGCUAUGUGGUGUAUGAAAACAGAAUGACCUCCUCAUAUGAAGUGGGUGUCGGACCACUUGGUUCCAUCACAAGGGACAGCCAUUUUGAGCUUCUCUUCCAGUGUAGGUACUCUGGUACCUCUGUGGAAGCUCUGGUUGUGGAGGUCAACACCGUUCCUCCACCUCCACCAGUAGCUGCGCCUGGACCCCUCAGGGUGGAGCUUAGACUGGCAAAUGGUCAAUGUGUCACCAAAGGCUGUGCAGAAGGGGACGAGGCGUACACGUCCUACUACAGUGACGCAGAUUAUCCAGUUACAAAAGUCCUGCGGGAGCCUGUGUAUGUUGAGGUGCACAUUUUGGAGAGGAACGACCCCAACAUUGUCCUGAUGCUGGGACGUUGCUGGGCGACAUCAACCCCCAGUCCACUCAGUCUACCCCAAUGGGAUCUUCUGGUUGAUGGAUGCCCUUACCAGGAUGAUCGUUACCUGACCACAUUGGUUCCAGUGGCUGGAUCAUCUGGUCUUCAGUUCCCUACCCACUACAAGCGCUUUGUUGUGAAGAUGUUCACAUUUGUAGAUCCAGCAUCACUGGCUCCUCUGCAGGAAACCAUCUUCAUCCACUGUAGUACAGCGGUGUGCCAUCCCUCCUCUGGCUCCUGUGAGCAAAGCUGCACUAGGAAAAGAAGAGACGUGCACGUCAAGACCAUCUCUAGUGGGCAAACUGUGGUUUCUAGUGGAGAAGUUAACCUGGUCAAGUGAAAUUUGGUGUUUUAAUAAAAUUCAUGAAACUCAA